AGCGGUUUUCCAAGAGAGCUCUAAUUAAUUGAGAAUGAAUGAGUGAUAUAUGCAGCUACUUUAUUGAGUUGUGUUCUAAAUAAAGUUGUAAUUUUUAAAGGGUUGUGAAAUUUAUGAACGCACUCCAGCAUCCUAACCUCACUUUUAAGUAGCUCAUAUUGUUGAGAUUUUUAACUCCCUGGGUUGUUAUUCAGCGAACAUAUUUACAACAUUUUUGAAUAAAUCUGAUCGUUCUGCGCUAAUUUCCGUCAAAAUAUCAGGUACAACAAAAUAUCAAAAUGUCGAUUUUGGAAUAUUCUGAGAAGUUUGACCCCACAAGUUCAUACACCAACAACCUCCAGUACUGCAAAAUAUGCCCCUUCUUCACUUCAUCGGCCUCUCUCAUGCUAACCCACACCAGAAGCCACCACUCAUCUUUGGUCUCUUUCAACUGUGAAACAACCAACAUCGAACCCCACUUCUGCAAAGACUGUGAUUUCCAAACCGACUUAACCCUCCUAUUGAGAGACCACGUGAAAAAGCUCCACAGCAACCAAACAGACCCCGAGUCUUUGGUCCAAUUCACCGUACGAACGUACAUUUGCAAAAAAUGUACCUUCAAAACCCACUUCUUCCUUAAAUGUCUCCAACAUAGCGCAGUUUGCCUCACCAGAAAAGAAUACUCACAGUUAAUAGGCUCCAAAUUGACGAACGAGGUGGUGAAAACUAAAUGGCACCAAUGUGAUCAGUGCGGCUACAGAACCAUCCACAAACACUCGUUGAAGUUGCACAAAAUCGCGAAACACAUGAAAGACGAUGAGAUUCCGUGGUACCAGUGCGAGAAGUGCCCGUACAAAGCCAAACAAAGGGGGAAUUUGAGGAAUCACGUGUUAGCACAACACUUAGACGAAGAUAAUUUAACUUGGCAUAAAUGCCAGCAAUGUGAGUUCAAAACCAAGUACAAAUCAGCGCUAAAGUCGCACAGAGUCAACAAACAUUUAAAAGAUGAGGAAAUUCCGUGGUAUCGGUGCGAGUUGUGUCCGUACAAAGGCAAACAGAAGUCGCAUUUGAAAAGCCACAUGAUUACACGACACAGAUUUGAGGAUGUUAAAAAUAGCGAGGAAAAUAAGGUGCAGGAUGCGGUUUUGGAGUGUUAUACGUGUGACCAGUGUGACUUUAAGUCGAGGUAUAACAAUGUUAUAAAGUUGCAUAAAAUUAGAAAGCACUUGAAAGACGAAGAGGUGCAUUGGUACCAGUGCCCGAAGUGUCCAUAUAGAGCUAAGUAUAAAGGGUAUUUAGCGGGACAUAUGGUACACCAUAUGGACGAAAAAGAAAUCAAGUGGUGUGAAUGUUCAAAGUGCCCAUAUAAAGGUAAAACGAAGCAAAGUUUGAAACGGCACGAAAAUAGGAUGCAUUCGGAUGGGGAGAACAUUCGCUGGUAUAUGUGUGAUCAGUGUCCAUAUAAAGCCAAUCAGAAGGGGAAUUUGGAUACUCAUAUAAUUAUUAAUCAUUUAAGUGAAAGUGAAAUUCGGUGGUACUAUUGUGACCAGUGUACAUACAAAGCUAAGUUUAGACAUAAGUUGAAUACACACAUUAGUAGGUUCCACCAAGGGGGGGAACGGAGAGGUGCGAAGAGAUCGAAAAAUCGUUAGUUAUGUGUCACUUCGAUUGUUAGUACUUAUUAUUUAAACCUUGCUUGUUUUAAAACGGUCUUUUGUUUGGGUGCUAGGCAUGAAUAAGUGAUUAAAUAUUCAUUGUUUGCAUAAAUUAUCGAAUAAUUUUAUCCACGUUAUAGUAAGACUUGUAAAUUCAAAACAACGGGUUAAAGCAGUUCAAACAGGUUUUUAACUACAGUUUAUAUUAAUAUGUAUG